AUGCCAUUCUCAACUUUCACCCAUUAAAAGAACAGGAUCAGACUGUGAGUGUAAGGAUGCUGCUGGACAACAAAGAUUGGAAGCUCUGAUUUUUGUCUCACCCAGCAGUGACGGGCAUUUUUGGAGUGGACUCACACCACAUUGUAAAGGGGUCAGGAGCCAGGAAAGGAGAGCCUGAACAAGAGCUGCAUUUUCCUGGGCUCUUCCAGCUGUUCUGCUCAAUCCCGCCGUCAGUUCUGACCAGGGAAGAGAGGCUGUCAACACAAAUAAGGCAUUUUUCAAAGGCGUAAAUUAUGAGUUACCAAAACAAUACGACAUCUCAACCACAUGGAGACAUAGAGAAUUCCUCAGCUGGAGCAGAUGUGGCUGUUAUUGGAGGUAGGAAGCUGGCUGUACUUAGCAGAACCAUUAGAAUUAAAACAGCAGGUGUGAUAGCUGCAGUGGUAUUUGUCCUCAUUUGCCUGCUGGUUGUGAUGGUCCGGUACAUGUACAGGCAUAAGGGCACCUACCACACCAAUGAGGCCAAAGGAACUGAGUUUGCUGAAAGCGCUGAUGCUGCUUUGAAAAAUGACCCUGCUCUCCAGGAAGCUGUGGAUGAGAGUAAAAAGGAAUAUUUCAUCUGAGAGGCAAGAAUUUCCACGGAGACUUCCCCACGGGAAUCAGUCAGAAAUACUACAACAGAAGUGCCAAGAGAUGGAUAAUAUUAGGAUGCAGGCAAGCAUCCUAAUUGAAAAGUAUCUCUUUAUUCUGUCACUGGGUUGUUUCUUUUUCUCUACCCAUGAAGAGCUAAAUGCCAGAUACUUGCCUGUUGAUUUUAUUAGCAACACAGCUGGUCACAGUUGAAAUCAAUAUCAGAUAAGAAGAAACAAAAUCUCAGUAUGAGUGAUACACCAAAACCAGAUAACGAUAGCAAAUGUCAAGCCUUGACAUUUGGUGAAAAUAGCAGAUGCCAAUGGAAAACAUCCUCUUAGAGUUAACGAUGCAUUCUAUGCUGAUAUUAUACAGAACUACCUGAAAUUGAAUUUCAAAUGGUCACAGAAUAAACAUUAAACUAGAUAAAGCUGAAGUAGCUGGAACAAAAAUAGCUUUGUAGCCCAUAUAUCUCCCCCAUCCCCUUAAAUGUGCAAUUUUAUUUGCACAGGGGAGUUUGUUUUGUUUGUUUGGGGAUUUUGAUUGAGGCUUUUUUUUUUUUUUGAAUUUUUAGAAUUUUAUAAAUAUAAAAGUCUAAGACACUUCAAAGAAAUGAAACUGUUGAAAAACAUGGAAAAUUGAAGAACGAAGAAUUUAUUUCUAACUUGCUCUGCAUGGCAGCUUGAGAACAGCAAAAUGUUGGAACUUACACUGUAUAAUAUAAUAGUCAGAAAACUUGCAAAUAUGAUUUCAAUUAGUCAGUAGGUUCCCUGCAUGCAUGCAUAAGUAGAUAGGUAUUAAAAGGUAAAGUAUCUUGGUUUGAGCAGGCUUUCUGAAACAGCGGAGCUCAGCCAGAUUUUUUUGAGUAAGAUAAUUUUGCCUGAGUAUUUAUUUAUUUAUUUUGCAUUGGAACAAUCUCUUGAAUGCUUGUCAGCAAGAUUUUGGAUUUUUGCAGGAAGGAGAAUUCAGUUCUGGUGCAUAUACUGAUAAAUCUUUUACAAAUGCAACCGCAAGACUUCCAGUAUAAAGAAGCUUGCUCAUCUGCAUGCCAGUGGGUAGUACUGACGUCUCCCUCUGUAUGGCCUGUGUACAUCCUUUGCAUUGUCCUAGGUAAGAGAAAUACACCGACCAUCAGUGCUUUAAUAUAAACAAAUAAAUAGAAUGGUCAUGAUGGGUCACAUGAGAAGACCUUAUGCCUCACCUAAGAAUCAGCGGUGAUGAGUUUCUUAAACCCAGGAUGCUGGCUUCCUAAUCGAAGCCCACAGAUAGCUCCAGAAUUAGAGUAAUUGUUCUCUGCAUCUGCUCAUUCCCAGCUGCAUUGGUGUCCCAAACUACUGAAAAUAAGGAGGGAUAAAUACGUGAUAACAAAUAAGACACUGAUGAACUCUGCUCAACUCAACAUUUUUAUCUCUUGUGUUUAUAUAUAUAUAUAAAUAUAUAUACACGUAUACAGAUCUAUGUAUAUAUAAAGUCACCUACAACCACUUUAAAUACACUGUUGCUGAUCACUUGUACUCGCUUCUUGGCACCAAAGCAUGAAAUUCUCCAGGACUCCAGCAUACUUUACCAAUGCUGACCACAAAAGCACAAACAGAUCCGAACAAGAAAAGACCGCGAGGACUUAAGUGGAGAACUCAGAUAUUUUUGUCUUUUCAAUCACAAUCUCAUUCUUUUCUCAGAAGCUGAAGGAGAUGGACUUUGAACUGCUCUUAAAAUCCCAAUACCUUAGAUCUCAAGUCCCUGCGUGUUUGCAUUUUAACCAAAGAAUAUCAAAAUCCUGCCACUUUUACUAAAUGCAUAAGGUAUUUUUUCAUAACAUACUGUUGCAAAACCAAAUUGUACUCUGUGGCUAGUGCAGUAUAAAAUGCAUGUAAUCCAGUACUAGCAGAGGACAAAUAUUUUGAUAUUAUGCACCUAUUUCUUUCUAAGAUACCUUGCUAUUCUCAUCUUUCUACUGCUUUUUCAAAAGGAAUCUGUUUUUACUUUUCUGGGACAAGCACUGUAUAAAUUAACUAAUCUUAGCUGUAAAACUGAGUUUGUAAAACCGAACACCCUCUAGUUCAAUGAGAAUGUAAAUACUGCCUCUGAGGAGAGGCCAAAUGGGGUGAGUUGAUCUCUGCUGCAUUUAUCACAUAAGGCAUGGAAACACCAAAAUUCUUUCCUCAAGUGUCAGCAUGACCUAUAGAAGACUGCCAACUUUUCAUCACUUUCUGUCCCCUGUCAGCUACCAAGAAACGCCUGAUAUAGGUUUGGCUUUUGAAGAAAAUUGACUAUAGAGCAAGGUAUGGGGAUCGUGGGGAAUAAAUUCCUUCUUCCUUCCCCAAUCAUGAAAUUCUGUUUUUGCACCUUGAACCUGCUGAUUGUAAUUAGACAAUGGUGACAUACCUGAUACAACACGGAGAAACAUGAAUUAGCGUCUCCUUUUUGGAGAAGUUAAGUUUUUAAAUUAUGAAGUGGCUUAAGUUAGACUAACUGUCCACGUUUGAACUAUGGGGUCAGAUUCUCUGGUGAAACAAUACGAAUUCAGUAGAUCUCAGCCAAUUCUUACACGUUCAGUCAACACCAGACAUUUUGUCAUUUCUUCCCCUACUGAAUACAACUACUGGUCUUUGACUAUAUCCCUUUUUUAGUAGCUUAAUUAAAUCUCUUUAUCCCGUUUUCUCUAUUCAUCUGGGCUAACAAACAGAACAGGAACAGCUUCCCUAGUAGUAAUGAGCCAUGUUGAAUGUUUGCAGAGCAGUGAAUUUGGCAAGAGCUACAGUUUCAGUUAGUUUAUUUUUUAACAGAGUCCUUUUGGGCUCUAGGACUUUGUGUAUUUAGAAAUGACUCAAACACGCUGAACAGAGAGAUGUUUUUUUGGAAAUUUUCUGCUUAUUUCUUUUUUCAGCACAAAUUUUGCUUUGUAAUGAAGAAACCCGUGACUUCUAAAUGACUGGCAGAACUUUAAUGGCCUCAUCCUGCUAUUUUUUUUUUUUACUUAAACAGUAGCUCUACUGUCUUGAGUCAUUCAAUUUAGUUGUAAAAAACAGCAUUGCAAACUUCCUACUGCUUUAAGGACUAAUAAUUAGCAAAAAGUCCUCAUGCAAGCAACAUGCUGUGCUAAAGCAAACAUUAUGUACAACACCAAAAUGUCUUGGUUGGCAGCCAUAGCCUUUCAUCAGCAAUGAUCAAUCAAUUUUAACAAUUUGCUUCCUGAACAGGAGAAUGAAGGAAACAGUUUAUUUUCCCCUCGUGUGCAUUUAUCCCAUGCUCCUCUACUGCUGCAGGCUCCACUGCCCUGUGACUCUCUGGCGCCCCAUCUCCCCAGCCACGCCUGCCUUCCCACUUGCAGUCCCUCAGGCUCCCAGUUAGGUCUUUCCCCAUGGCAUCUCUGUGGCAAAGGAUAGGCCAUUUACUCAUCUAUUUUUUUAUCAGUGAGUAUACUCUGUCCCUCUCUUCCAGCUAAGAACUAAUUUUCACAAAGGUUUUAGUUUGAAACUUACCACUCUAUUUCAGGUUUGAUCAAACCUUCCCAGCCUGUCCUGAGUGAUUUACAAAGUGACCACAUUUGCCAUACUUUCACAAAAAAAAAAAAAAAAAAAAAAAAAAAAGGUCUAAAAAUACUACUGCAAACUCUCUAGUUAGUUAAAUGCAUUGCUGAUAAAUUUCUGGUGUUCACUAAACAAGGGAUCUGGAUGAGGAUCCUUCGAGCAGCCUGGAUUUGUCCUGAUGCCUUAAUUCCUUGUGAAAGGUUGGAGAAUCUCACUGUGCAUUGGCCGCUACCAUUCCAGGUUUUCCUGGGGGCCAAAGUGCCAUUGCACAUUAACACAAUCCUGCAAGAGAUUUUAACAGACACUAGUCAAGAUAAUUGUGUAUAUAUUUUUUUCUUUUUAGAAGAAAAGGACCAAAUCACUUUGGGAGACUCUUAAUACCAUAGUAUCCUUUUAGUACUCUCAACAUGGAUUUUUCUUUUAAAUCAAAUCUUGGGAUUGUUGAGAGAAUGUCACAAAGGGAAUAUUAAAAGGACUGUUCCCUUUUAGCAGGGAACGUAAGCAAGGUGCUGUAACACUUAUAGUAGAAGGAUAGGUAGGAUAGCGCUGUAAGUCAAAACCACGUGAGGAUGUCUUGCACAGAGUACAGGAAAAGCUGAUACAAGAUGAAAAUUAGUAAAAAAGAUACAGAGCGGGAAAAAGUAAUUAGUAGUAAAAAAGAUACAGAGCGGGAAAAAGUAAUUAGAUGACAAUAGAGAUGGAGAGCAGUUUUUCAUGAAACAAAAUAGAUGGUGCUAUUUGGAGAAUUCAAAGUGUAUUUGCAGGAAGUAACUGAUGACAAUAAAUUUCCUAGAAUUACACAAGGUGUUUGAAUUCCUUGCAUGUGCUAGUCCAACCAAAAAAAUGUUGGUAAAUACACACCAAAAGAGCACCCUUACUAAAUCUAUUAAGAGCUGUUUAUUCCUUUUUCUAAAAUCUCUCAGUAAUUCACAUAAGCUUUUGUGUUUGGAAAAGUAAAAGCUUCUCAGCAGCAGUUCAUAAAGGAGAGAACACUAAAGAACCUCUGAACAAGCAGUGAAAACACAUCCAAGGUCUGGAAAUUCAGCUAGCUGUAAAGGAAGCUAGCGAUAGCAAAGAAAAACAAACAUCCAACUGUAUUACAAAGGAAUGAAAUGUUUACAGAAGUAGAGGUCUUUCUAUAGUCCAAGAUAGUGAAAUUAUCAGUGACAGAAAAUAAGGAGUCCUUAUUCUACGUGACAGUUCCCUGUGUGAUUGGGAUAAACUCCUACAAAAUUCAGUGGGACAAGAAUUUCACUGACUAUCUCCAUUCUUCUUGCAAGAAAAUUGUAUUCCUGCCCAUGCCAAGAAAGAAUCACUCUAAAUUAAGGUAGAAAUCCUUAUAAGGGUUGAUCUUUCAGCAUAAUCUCACUUUUUUUCACAUCCUUUUUCUGUUGUUCCAAUUUGUAUGUAUGGUUGAAAGCAUCUGGUAUGUUGUAUUAAAGUAUCUGAAUUGCAGUACUGCUAUGACAAGAAGAGAGAAUACAGCAUUCAAAGCUUACUGCUGAUCGUAUGUUAGAGCUGACUAUAAUGUUUGCAUUUUUCAAUGCUAUUAAUACACUGCUGGUGUAAAUUACUUUGAAUUGAAAAAAAAAGCUAAAUAUAAAGGAACAAAUAACUUUAAAAUUAAAGUUGUAAUUUUCAGCAUUUAAAA